AAGUGCAAAGUUGAAAUGUGUCGUAGACGGGAGGUACUUCCACGACAGAAUAGGGGUAAAUGUGGCUAAGAAUUGAAUGGAUGUCUGUGGUUUUCUCAUUCUCUUCAAGGAAAUUAUGUAAUUUCUCAUUCAAAGACAUUAGUAGAGGGCAAGUAACAAAAUGCAAUCUAAAAGCAUUGCAUUCCCAGAAAAGUGGACAGCGCAUGGAUAAGCUACUUGAUACAUUGUAACAAUCAGGGAAGUAAAUGGACAGCAUGGAAUUUCACAAGUAAGUUUUACUGAUACAUUUUUGCGUUAUUGUUUAUGGGUUUUUUUUUGCUACAGAAUGCACACUAGUUCAAUUAAGGAUAUUUGACAGAAGAUUCCCGAAAGUAGUUUGGCCAAAGCAAUCUUCUCGGCGUAGAAUGCCACGCAGGCAAUAGCCUACUACUACUAUCCAAACUAAAGAAACGAAGUUGAAUGGGGGUUGAUAAGUAGGCUAUGACCCGCGAAUGCAUUAGUAAGAUACUGUGACAUUAUAUCUAGAUUUAGGCCAACUAAAAUGAGGGCGAUAAAGAUAAGGAAAUACUUUAGGGGUAGUGGGAGGGUACUUGCAUUUGUUUUCAUUGCAUCUAUUAUUUGGCUGCUGUUCGACAUGGCAGCGCUUCGCCUGUCAUUAAAUGACGUUAACAGCCAACUUUUAAAAGAAAGCGUAGUAAAGGAAAGGCAGGUUGUCAGACAGCAGGCCACGAAACGUACUAAGUUAGUGCAUAGGGGGUUUAAAAAUCCAGUACAGAGAGUAGACUUGGACCUGGAUGAGGCAGGUAAUAAAGAUCCACUCCAGGAUGAAAAUAAAGUCCUUGAAGUGUACAGGAAGCGAGGACCCGCUGUCAAAAAUGACCCACAGUUUAUGGACAAAGUAAACUCGCAUGAGCAACAAGGAGGGAAUGUCCAACCAAAGUUAGAACAUGCUGUCAUCUUUAAGCAUAACCAAAUCGAGCCUGUGCAUCAUGUCACAGCACACUUGAGUGUGCCUUUGAAUACGAAAGCACCUGUCAAAGAUCCUUUGCCCGUCAAAGAUGUGUCAAAAAAGGCAGUGGACUUGGUGCUGGAGGAUGGGAAAGUAGGACCUACGGAGAGGGAUAAGAUUGUGGCAUUCCCUGCAGCAGUAGGCUCGAACUUUACCAAAGUGCCACCUGGUGUUCAGGAAGGAAAACAUGUUGAAACGCCUGCCUCAAAAAAUACAGGAGGGAACCAAGAGGGAAAUAUAGACCUAGUGCAAAAAGGCAAAGAAAAUAUUGACUCCAAGACACAGAAGAAAGUCAAAAACUCACUUGAGCCUGGCAAACAAGAAAGCUUUAUUAAAGACAAAGUUGCAGUGGACUACACAGUUAAACCUGUCAAAAAUGAUCUACUAAAAGGAGAAGAGGUGAUUGUCAACAAAGAGGACAAACAGAUCAAUGAGCUUGAUAAAGGUAACCCUGAAGCCCUAAAGGAGUCCUUACCACCUACAGCAAAGCCAAAACGCCAACAAGGAGUUCCCACAAAUUCCACAGUUGUUCGAAACACAGGCGUCCACAAAGUGCUGGCAUUAGACAUGACCCAAGCGCCUAGAGAUGCCAACGCAAUUGGGCAAUUUGGGCAAGCAGCCAUGGUGCCCAGUGACAAAGAGCAGGAGGUGAGGAACCGUUGGAAUGAGGGCCAUUUCAACGUCUACCUGAGUGACCAGAUCCCUGUGGACAGAGCCAUCCCAGACACCAGACCUCAUACGUGUUCUGAGAGUGUGGUCCAUGAUUAUUUGCCCACCACCAGUGUGAUAUUCUGCUUUGUGGACGAGGUGUGGUCCACUUUGCUCCGGUCUGUCCACAGUGUCCUCAACCGGUCUCCACCACACCUUCUCAAAGAGAUCAUCCUGGUGGAUGACUUUAGUGCCAAAGAAUAUCUCAAGGACCAUCUGGAUGUGUACAUGUCCCAGUAUCCCAAAGUACGGAUCGUUCGUCUGAAGGAGAGGCAGGGUUUGAUCCGAGCUAGGCUGGCAGGAGCCGCCAUUGCCAAAGGUGACGUUUUGACCUUUCUUGACUCUCAUAUCGAAUGCAACGUGGGCUGGCUGGAACCUCUGCUGGAGAGAGUGUACAUGGACCGGAGGAAAGUGGCCUGCCCAGUCAUCGAAGUCAUCAGUGACAAGGAUUUGAGCUAUGUGUUGGUUGACAACUUCCAAAGAGGCGUGUUCAAAUGGCCCUUGGUAUUUGGGUGGAGCACGUUAUCAAAGGACACCAUCAAGAAGAAUCACAUGAAGGAUUCAGAUCCCAUCAGAUGUCCUGUCAUGGCAGGAGGCCUUUUCUCCAUCGAUAAGAAGUACUUCUAUGAACUGGGCUCUUAUGAUCCUGGCCUGGAUGUAUGGGGUGGAGAGAACAUGGAGAUCUCUUUUAAGAUUUGGAUGUGCGGAGGUGAGAUCGAGAUCAUCCCGUGUUCCCGAGUGGGCCAUAUUUUCCGAGGCGAGAACCCGUACAAGUUUCCCAAGGACAGACAGAAGACUGUUGAGCGUAACCUGGCCAGGGUGGCAGAGGUGUGGCUGGAUGAGUACAGGGACCUGUUCUACGGCCAUGGAUACCUCCAUCUGCUGGAUAGGAGUAUCAUCGACAUCGGCAACCUCACAGACCAGAUCGAACUCAGGAAGAAGCUUGAGUGCAAGAGCUUCAAGUGGUACCUGGACAACGUGUACCCAGACAUGGUCGCUCCACUGGUCAAAGCUGAGGGGCUGGUUUUCAAUCGUGGAGUCAGAAAAUGCCUCGCUCUGCAGGAUGGCUCCCUUGCCUUUGAGACAUGUGAUCUCAGCAAGCUGAGUCAACACUUCAAUUACACCUGGAUGAGGCACGUUCGCCAGAAGGAUGUCUGUGUCACUGCUCAUGGCAAAGGGACCAGUCUGGCUCUGCAGCCGUGUGACAACACCAAGCCACAGCUACGAUGGCUCCACAAGGCCGCCAACUCUGCUCUGGUGGAGCACCUCAUAGCGGAGCAUAGUCCCCGGCGUCUGUGCCUGGAGGCUGGGGCUCUGGAUGACAGCAUACAGCUGAAGGAGUGCCAGUCUACCAGUCCCUACCAGAAGUGGCAGUUCACACAUUACCACACUGUGUGAUGGGAGUACAGGGCUACAGCACUGUUCCUGCAUUAGAGAUUGACACUAAAGUACUUGACUGUACUAUAUGCAUUUGGAUGUGUUCAGUGUAUUUCUGCAAUGGGAUAUGCAUGGUGCUGCUGGUAUGUUGGUGUGAGGGUGGUGUUGGGACGUGCAAUGCUUUUUUACUUCUCCUUUUUAUCAUGAUCAAGCUUCACUUGGAAUUUUUAAUUUUUGCAUGACUGAGGCCCCGGAAUGAUUUGAAAGGACAGCUGAUACACAGUGUAAUUACAGUUGUGUAUUUGAUGGCAUAGUUUACUGGUGUAGGCUAUACAAAUAAAUAAUAGUUGCAUACUCGUAUACAGUGGCUUAAAGAAGUAUUCACCACCACCCCCCCCUUGGCAUUUUUCCUAUUUAGUUGCCUUACAACCUGGAAUUAAAAUAUAUAUAUUUUUUUAUUUUUUGGGGGGGGGGGUUGUUGUAUCAUUUGAUUUACACAACAUGCCUACCACUUUGA